UGUAUCUACAUUCACGUGGUAGCUUCAACAAAUUGGCCAAUUUUCCGAGUAAAUAAAUAAACUAUGUGUUUUCCACAUUUUCCCUGACAAAAACCAUCGAAGAGUACUAGUAAAGUCACAAAGUACCGCAAACCCAUCGCCUUAUCAUGAUUGUUCAUCAUCUGUCACCAUAACCAAUUAAAUACUCGAAAUUGCCACGUAUUUGUCCGAAUCCCCAACUGCAACUACUAAAGAGAAUAGACUAGGAACAACCGGUGGAGUGUGUGCAUGGUAUUCUUCAUCGUGUUGUGACCCAGUGGUUUUUCACUGCUGUACUUCCAACGAUGGCGGAGAGCAAUGAACGAGUGGAUGAUCUCGUGCAAUCAGUCAGUCUUUACAAUCAGAGGAGAGUGAUAUUCAGUGGUUAUGUCCUACCGUUUUUAGCACUGCAGAACAUAUGGCUAUACAAUUGGUUAUUUAUUCAUGGUGCGGAGAAAUACUACCACGAGGGUUUUGUUGGUGUUGCUGUGAUUGGGGUUAUGCAGAUAUUUUUGUGUCUAUGCUGUCAGUGGUCUGUCCACAUCUACUGCUUCUUGAAUUGUAGUUCGACGAGGGAUCCCUACAACGCAACAGUUGUCAAGGUAAUCCCCACUCCGAAUAACGGCAGCUCAGAGCUAGUAACACUCCACCAGAAGCCGAACAAGGAUCCUUGGUUCAUAUUUCAAAAGACAAAGUACUGCUGGUCCCCCAACAAAAAGCGUUUCCAAGGUCUCCAGUUUCCCGUUACCGAGGCCGUAAAAACAUACUGCGAAUGGAGGGGCUACGCCAGCGAGGAGGAGGUCACGGAGGCCGAGGAGAAGUACGGAAAAAAUCAUCUGGACAUGGUGAUCCCCGAGGCCUGGGAGUUGUUCAAGGAGCGCGCAGUUGCACCCUUCUUCGUAUUCCAGGUGUUCUGCGUCUCCCUCUGGUGCUUCGACGAGUACUGGUACUAUAGCAUCUUCACACUCUUCAUGCUGAUAAUGUUCGAGUACAUGUUGGUUCGUCAGCAACUCCGAAACAUGGCAGAAAUUCGUAAAAUGGGAACCAACCCCUACAUGAUGAACGUCUAUAGAAACAGAAGAUGGAGGAUGAUGUUCAUAGAUCAAUUGGUUCCUGGGGACAUUGUCUCCCUCAUCAGAUCCCAGAGUGACCAGUUGGUUCCCUGUGACAUUCUGCUCCUGAGGGGCCAAUGUGUCGUAGAUGAGAGCAUGCUCACUGGUGAGUCAGUCCCCCAAAUGAAGGAAUCAGUUGAGGAGAUCGAGCCCAACCAGGACCUGAACAUCGACAGAGAACACAAGAUCCACGUUCUGUUUGGAGGAACAAAAAUCGUCCAACACACACCCCUCAGCAAAGUCACAUCUGGUCUUAAUCCAACAGACAAGGGCUGCGUUGGAUACGUCCUGAGAACUGGUUUCUCCACAUCCCAGGGUAAACUUCUGAGGACAAUUCUCUUUGGAGUCAAGAGAGUGACAGCAAACAAUCUCGAGACCUUUGGAUUCAUUUUGUUCCUCCUGAUCUUCGCUAUCGCUGCUGCUGCCUAUGUCUGGAUAAACGGAACAGCAGAUCCCGAGAGAAGUCGAUACAAAUUAUUCUUGGAAUGCUGCUUGAUCCUGACAUCGGUGAUACCUCCCGAGCUGCCCAUUGAGCUCUCAUUGGCAGUCAAUACGUCGUUGGUGGCACUUUCCAAGCUCGGGGUAUACUGCACAGAGCCCUUUAGAAUGCCUUUUGCUGGAAAAGUGGAGUUCUGUUGCUUUGACAAAACUGGAACGCUGACGAGUGACAAUUUAGUUGUAGAAGGAAUCACUGGGAUCGAUGGAGAUACCACUAUCAUGAAUGUUGAUGAGGCUCCAAUUGAAAGCAUUCAAGUGCUGGCAACUUGUCAUUCACUGGUGCAGCUGGACGGAGGAAUCGUGGGGGAUCCACUUGAGAAAGCUACUCUGAAAGCUGUCAAGUGGACUCUCACAAAGAACGAGGCUGUUGUACCCAAUAAGGGAAAGGCUAGGGCUCUCAAGAUUUUCCACAGAUUCUACUUCUCGUCGAGUCUCAAAAGAAUGUCUGUUAUCGUUGGGAAUACUCUACCUAAUUCCACUGAAGUUCAGUACAUGGUAACUGUCAAGGGAGCGCCAGAAACUCUAAAAAGUAUGUUCUCUUCUAUUCCUGAUAAUUACGAGGCAACUUACUUGGGCCUGUCCAGGAGGGGAGCUAGGGUUCUAGCUCUGGGGUACAAGAAGCUUCCCUCUACGCUGAGCUCCCAUGAUCUCAGGGGUCUGUCACGAGAUGAAUUAGAAAAUGAUUUGGUCUUCGUGGGAUUUGUGAUUAUCAGUUGUCCGCUGAAGCCAGAUUCAUCAGAUGUUAUCAAGGAGAUUAUUAAUGCUUCUCAUGUGGUCGUCAUGAUCACUGGAGAUAAUCCUCUCACUGCUUGUCAUGUGAGUAGAGAGCUUCAUUUUACGAAGAAGCCUACGACGUUGAUAAUGACUCCGAAGGGGGCUGAAUGGUAUUGGGAGAGUGUCGAUCAGCAGACCACAAUCGAUCUGGGGAGGGCCAAUGUCGAGACUAGAGGAAAGGAGAUCUGGAAGAAUUAUGCAUUGUGUAUCACUGGAGAUGGGCUCCAGUAUUUGCGAGAGAAUGAUCCAGUACUUCUGAAGAAACUACUCCCCCAUAUCGUGAUUUAUGCCAGAUGUGAGCCCAAGCAGAAAGAGUUCAUUGUGAUCUCCUUACAAGAGCUAGGGUUCACGACACUCAUGUGUGGAGAUGGGACCAAUGAUGUUGGAGCGUUAAAGCAUGCUCAGGUGGGGGUGGCGAUCCUCUCCAGCCCUCCGGAGAAGAUCGGAGAGGACAAGGCACAGAGUCCUGCACAUACCCAUGUCGUACCGAAAAAGGAGCCUAGGCAGCAGAUGACGAGACAGCAGAUAAAUAAUAUGCAGAUUCAGAAAUUGUUGAAAGAGAUUGAGGAGCAGGAACAGGCGACCAUUGUCAAGUUGGGGGAUGCCUCCAUUGCUGCUCCUUUUACUAGUAAAAUGUCCUCGAUUAUGUGCAUUUGUCAUGUGAUCAAACAGGGUAGAUGUACAUUGGUGACGACUCUCCAGAUGUUUAAGAUCUUGGCGCUCAACGCAUUGGUACUCGCCUACAGCCAAUCAGUUCUUUAUUUAUCAGGAAUUAAAUUUAGUGACGCUCAGGCAACUAUGCAAAGUGUACUACUGGCAUUCUGCUUUUUAUUUAUUUCACGAUCUAAACCUCUAAAGACAUUAUCCAAGCAGAGACCACUGCCAAAUAUUUUUAAUUUGUACACGAUUCUCACGGUGCUGCUGCAGUUUGCUGUUCAUUUCUUUUGUCUGAUUUAUUUGGUCAGGGAAGCAACUAUUUACUCUCCACCGGAUGAGAAGUUGAGAAGUAUUCUUUCAACUGAAAACAUCACAGAUACUAAAUCAAGUGGUUUGGACGACGAUGAGGAGCAUUUUGAAGCUAAUGUCGUCAAUAGUGCUGUUUAUGUUAUUUCAUUGGCACUUCAAGUGUGCAACUUUGCUGUAAAUUAUAGGGGCGUACCCUUCAUGGAGAGUCUGGUGCACAAUAAAGCCCUGUUCUACUCACUUCUAGUUAGUUUCGGUCUCGUUAUAGGAUUGGCUUGUGGUCUCAUGCCUUCUAUAGCAGCUCAUCUUAAAAUUGUUGAUUUUCCAGACGAGUUUCGGAGUAUUCUAGUUAUGGUCCUAGUCGGGAACUUUGUAGCAGCCUUUGCUGUCGACAGAGCGUGUCUAUGGUUGUUCGGCGAGGGUAAAAUGCAAAAGCUGUGAUUCAUGACGAACUCCGGACGUCCAUCGCAGACGUUUUGAGGUCUCAGUCGGUGUGCUAGACUGACGUGAACAUGGGUCAAGAUACGUCCUUGGCGGCCAUCUAUGGGAGUCCGUUCUCGAAUGACCAAGAUAAUUUCAAGAUAGCCUCCCACGGAUUGUUCGUAAGGACUCUAUUUGAAAAUAAAUCAAAGAACCAAAUGAUAA